AAAAGCUUAUAACCGAAGAUAGAUGAUAUGAUAACAUUCUUGAAAAUCCCUAUCCUCUGUUAUAAGUCUAUUCCCAAAACCGAGAAUAAUUCACUAAACUUCACGGGACUUUCAAACACUUUUCACGCAAAAUUUAAUCGGAAAAAUGACAAAAAAAUACACCACAAAACAGAUCCGAUCCAAGCACUGGUAUCGUCAAACCCACUAGACGACAGUUUACUGCGUUCCGCGCUACUCCGAAGCCACACUUACUACGGUUCAAUGUCAGCUGGUUCGGAACGAUCGUCGCGCGCGGGCGACACAACGGUGUCCUCGCAGCCGCCCCCGCUGCCCCCGCCCCGAGGAUUCCCGAACAGCGCCGUCUGACAUCAAUGGGGGGAUUCCCUGAUGAACGCCACCAGCAGCAGCAGCUCCAUGACCACCACCGGCACCACCAUGACGUUUAGCAGUUUAUUGUUGCUGCCGUCCGCUCCCCUGCCCCUGAUGCCCGCCCCAAUUCAGUUCGCCAUCGAGGAUCAUCUCGUCGAGAUGAUCGUGGAGAGGAGCAAGGCAUGCGCGAAUUACCUGCGUCACAGUUUAAAACGACCCCAUAAUCAACGGAGGAGAAGGAGGAGGCGGCGGCGACACUGAGGGCGAAGAGGCCUUGAUGGAGAUAUGCGAAUCGGUAAAACUCGCCUAAUCACAUCAAGGCCGUCAACAAGUGAUAAUUAUUGUGCUAUAAGUGAUAAUAUAAAACUGAACUUCCUUCGUGGUUCAACAUGGCCUUAAUACGCUCAGUAUAUUAUUUAAAGAAAAAAGAUGUUAAAGCCGCCUGUGCCGUAGAAAUCGUAACAAAAAAAAAAUACAUCUUGAAGUGAAUUCCUCUUGAACGACCUUCGUUUGUCUCUUUUUAUGGAUUUUUUUAUUUGUUUUUUUUUAAAUUAAUACGCAUACGCAUUCCGACGAGAGGCUUUUAAGAAAAUAUUAGAUACCAUAUUAUAGCGAAUUUUAAUUAAGCACUUUUCGCAAGGACGUAGUCCAGGCUUCGAAGGACACACUCUUAAAAAUGGCACCGAUAAUAAAAUUUUAAAUUUAGAUAGUAAUAUUUACGGCCCCUCUCGAAACUGUUGCCUUAAAAAGAGACAAACGAUUGAAAUUUGUGGCCUGUACGAAAAAAUUCUUUACUACGAAUUUCCGUUGUAUAGUUGAGUUUUGUCAUUGUGUUGCCUCCUUGGGGGGGAAUGGAGGCCGGACACACCUAUAGUUAUAAUAAUAAUCUUCCCAACAACUUGUAUAUUAACCUAUAAUUAUCUAUAAUAACGUUAUUAAUUAACACUUUCUGUGAUCGAGUUUAUUUGUUUGAGACGUCGUACGGAAGGAUAUUCCUGGUGGCUACUUUUAGAAACCAGGACGUUCUGGAAGGUGCCUCUCUAAACUUAAUUGUUUUUCUUGCCCAAUGUUUUUACGAAUAUUUAAUUUUUUUUUAAUUACAAAAAAUAGUUUAAUUAGUAUAACUGUAGGAACAAAUCGAUGCCUGUAUAUAUAUUUUUUUUUGAAAGUACCAUUAUUACUAGCAAUAUUUAUAUAAUAUAGUAUAUAGGCACGGCUCGCUAUGCACAAUAGAUUAUCCGGUCAUGUUAGUUUGCAAAGUUUACAAAUAAAUUAUUACCUUAUUUCAGGCAGUUAGGCUCAAUUGUAUUUUAAAAAUAACUAAGGGUGCCUGGAAUGAAUUAUUUUUUAUUCCAAGCGAAUGAGCUUGAGUUGAGCCAAAAGCAAUGUUCUAAAGGCAAGAAACUAUUCAGAAAUGGUUGCCUAGUAUAAUUUACUGCAGGAAAAUAUAUCUAGAAAUCAUGUUUAUACUUUAUUUAUUCCAGGCAGUACGGCUCAGUUGUAUUUUAAAGGCAAAGAACACUGUCUGAAAUAAAUUACUGCUUUAUUUCAGACUAUUAGGGGUUGAACUGUGCUUUGAAGAGGGAGAAAUGUUCAGAGACCAUGGUAUAGGGCAAGGAAAUACACAAAAAUGGCUGCCUGGAAUAUAUUUUGACUUUAUUCCAGGCAACUGGGUUAAAUAUUAAUGGUGCAAAUUAAAUUAAUCAAACGUGACUGUCUGAUAUAAAUUAUUGCAUUAUUCCAGGCAGUCGAGUUUGAUUUGAGAAAAUAACCAAAAAUCAUGCUUAUAAUAUACUCUUAUUUAUUAUAGAGGGUGUAAAUAAAUAGAUGCGAAAAAAUUCAGGGGCUGAUUCUUGGGUAAAUUUUAAGAAAAAAACUUUAUGUUAACGUAUGUUAUAAAAGUCCUAAGUUUUGAGAUACCGGGUGUGGUAAAGAUUGAAGAAAAAUAUAUGUUUUUUACAAUACCUGUGAAACCCCUGUAACUGUAAUUUUUGGUAUUCAUUUUUUAUGCAUCUAAACGCAUUUUCUGAGGGUCACUAAUUUUUUUUAUUUGUAUCAGUGACCGGUACUGGAUAUUGAUGACUUGAGAAAUCGAAUCAGUAAAUUAUUUUCAAAUUUUUUUAUAAUUAUUUAAUUUCUUUUUCUUUUAUUUGGUUUAAAAAAAAAUUUGAAUCACAUCUAAACAUUAAUAAUAAACACGUAAUACAUUUAGGUAGAUGGAUUUAAUUUUUUUAAUCGAAUACGCAACCUCAGACAAAAGAAAGUCAAGAAAUCAAAUUUGCUCAGUAAUAAAUGAGAAUUACAAAACUAGAAAAAAUUUAAAAAAGUGGCGUUCCAUAUUUUUCAUCAAAAAUAUUUAGUUUAAACCUUACACGAACGUUACUGGUACAAAUAAAAAAAAUUAGUGAGCUUCAGAAAAUGCCUUAUGAUGCAUACCAAAUUUUAUUAAAAUAUCUACAGGGUUUUUACAGGUAUUAUAAAAAAAACAUAUAUUUUUCUUCAAUCUUUACCACCCUUGUAUCUCAAAAGUUACGCCUUUUAGGACAUACGUUCAUAUACGGUGUUUUUCUUAAAAUGUAGAAUCAACCCCUGAAUUUUUUUGCAUCUAUUUAUUUACACCUUGUAUAUUCAGUAUUUUAAAAGUAAAUAAGACUGCCUGGAAUAAAUUAUUACUUUGUUCCAGGCAAAUACGGUUACCCAAGUUGUAAUUUGAGGGUGAGAAAUAUUCAGAACUCAUGGUGUAAGAACAAGAAACUAUCCAAAAUGCCUGAAAUAAAUGUUUACUUAUAUUCCAGGGUUGAACUCUACUUUGAGGAUGAAAAAGAUCCGAAAAAUAAUAUUGUAAAGGUCAGAAACUAGGCAGAAAUGACUGCCUAGAAUAAAGUAUUACUUCACUCCAGCCAAUUGGGGUUAAAUGAUACUUUGAGGGUGAGAAAUCAUGGUGUAAAGGCAAGAAACUGCUGUAGAACGGGGUUGUUUUAGACUUUAAAUAUCUCAAAAUGUAAAUUCCGAUAAAUAUUUGUAACUAUUGUUCUAAAGAGAAGCAUGGUGUCAGAAAAUUCUGUCAUUUACAAAAAGGGCCCCCUGUUUAUAGGGCGUCCAAAAAAAAUUUAAGGGCUGUCUAAAAUACGUUGGUCUGUCUAAAAGGCCCUCAUUGGUCAGGGCUAUUUUGGAAGUAAAAUAAAUCACGCAAGUAUUCAAGUGUCCCCGCUCUAUAUUAGAUAAAUGCAUAUUUUUAAAUUUAUGGAUGCCCAAAAAUUUUGUUUAAACAUCCAUAAAUAAAAAAAAUACUUAAAUAAAACAAAGUUAUGCGCUCUAUUGAUUUUAUUAAAAACUUUAUGAAUAGAAAAUAAUAUUUGGAUUUUUCAGAAUUUUAUUGUUACUACUAAAAUUAGAGAUUACAGGUAGGUACAAUUGAAAUUAAAAGAGGUACGGAUAAUAACAAUUAUUGGCAAUUAUAUGAUAAUAGAUUAUCAUGAAGGGUAAUAAAUACUCUUUUUCCUUUACCCCUCUACUUUGGGCGCUUGUUGAUUUUUUUUUUAUUCUGUUAGCAGAAACAUCUUCUUCGUCUUUCGUUCGUCUAUCGAUCGUUACCUAACACCAGCCGGAUUAGAUUUCUUUAAAAAAAUCGACAGAGAAUGGAUAAUCAGUGUUGCAAAACCAGUUGCAACAUAAAGAAAAACAAUUCAAAUACACACAUAAACCAUCCACACCUUUAUACAUACCCAAAUUAAAUAAAACACAACAUUUACAAUAGAAGUCGACUUAAAUAAAAAUUCGUCACAAGAUAUACAUUCCCGGAAUCAUUCCUAUUCGUUUUAUUGGUCGCGACGAGCUUCCUCACACCCCCGCGCAGGUAACGGUUUUUACGGAAAAUUGCAUCAUCCGAUUUUUUUUGGCGUCAGUCGCUCCUAGAUAAUGGUUGUGUAAGAAGACUCUCGGUCUCGCUGUUCUGUCCCACCCGCUCGCAUUUUUUUUUAAAAUAAGAACAACAAAUUCUCUCACUCAAAACUAAAUGGUUUUAAAUUAAAUUGUUUAAAGUACUUUUCGCGUUUCUGUUUUGGUGCCCUUUUCACAUAGCCAGCUGGUCCUUCGUAGCCCUAAAUAGAGAUACAAGAAAGCCCUCAAGUGUUGUGGAUUUGGAUGCAGCCCAAAUCCCAUCAUUUUAUGGUCCUUCGAGCCGGAUAAGCCCUUAAUUUUAACAGAUCGAGCCCUAAAUUGUAUCGAAGUGAGCCCCGGAUUGAUCCUGAGAUGAAGAAGGAUUGACAAGCAGAUUGCAGUUUUGCUCUUGUUGAGCCUGUAAUGCAGUUUUGAAGCACGAAUUGGUGAGAUUUUGCCCUGUUAAGCCCAGAUUUUUGUAUGGAUUGUGGAUCCAUUGCAGCCCAAGAAAACCAAAUUUGGUGAGUUUGUUCCAAUUAUUUAUGUUUGAACUGUUGACUCUCUCGCAUUAAUUUCGCUGGCUAAAUUUACACUAGUGCGGUCAAAUUAGACUUUUUUCGGACUGUUGUUUUGUUUGCUUUAAAAAUCACGAUGGCUGAUUUAGAACUCUUUAAAAAAGACCGUAAAUCCGCGAAAAGUACAAUUACCCGGUAUUAUAACUGGUUGACAAAAAACCAGAACGCGUUUGUACAAGAAGAUGUAACCGAUCUUCAGGCCCGCGAAGAGACUCUUAAAUUGUACUUUGAUAAGUACUGUAAAGCCCAAGAUGAAAUUGAGGAAUUGGACGAAAAUGAUGAAGAAAAUCGUGAAGAAUUAGAAAAUAAGCACUACACUUGUAUAAAAAUAGUUAGAAAUGUUUGUCAAAGGUUUUCAUUUUUAUCUGAAACUCAAAAUGUUCCCAAAGAAAAUUAUUUAUCCACCAAUUUUAAUUCAAAUUUAAAUUUACCUGAAAUUGAUAUACCCCCAUUUGAUAGUCAAAUUUUAAAUUGGCAGUCAUAUUUUGAAAUGUUCACUGCACUUGUUAUUGACAAUACAAAUCUCACUAAUGUUAAACGCUUAUGGUACUUAAGAUCUACGGUUAAAGGUGAAGCUUUAAAGUUGAUUGAAACUUUGAAAUUAACUAAUGAUAAUUUUGAAAUCGCUAUUGAUAUUUUAAAAUCUAGAUAUGAAAAUUUGACUUGUGUAGUAAAUAGUUUUUUAAGUAGUUUGAUUGACAUAUCGCCUAUAAGUAAAUGUACAUCCCCCAUAUUGAGAGAAUUUGUUGUUACAAUCAAGAGAAAUUUAGAAUGUCUAAAAAAAUUAAAUAUCCCUACAGAACAAAUUUUUGAGUAUUUGCUAAUUUAUAUUUUUGAAAGAAAAUUAGAUUUUAACACAAAACGAGGCUUUGAACAAGAGAGAAAUUAUAACACGUUGCCAAGUUUACAACAUUUUUUAGAUUUUUUGGAAAAAAGAUGCAUGAUGUUAGAAAAUAUUAGUGAUUCUCAGUCCCAUUCAACAAGUAAAUAUUUUGUAAAAAAAAGUGAACAAAAAGUUUCUUUUCACGCGCAAUCAGAUGAUUUUCAAAACUCUAAAAAUAAAAACUCGAUUUGUCUUUAUUGUAGCUUGGCUAAUCACCGCAUUUACUCAUGUCAAAAAUUUUUAAAUUUGCAUCUGAAUGAAAAAGAGCAGUUUGUUAAAUCAAAAAAGUUGUGUUUUAAUUGUUUGGGUGAUAAACACUUUACAAGUAAUUGUCUUUCAAAAUCAAAAUGUAGAAUAUGUCAAAGAAGACACCACACACUCAUGCAUACGGAUUUAAAUGUUGCACAAAAUAACUCACACUCACAAUCACAAGGUAAUUAUCGCUCUGAAAACAGAAACAACCCUACACACAACCCUAUCCCUAGAAACACACAAAAUGUAGUAAAUAAUGCACGCAUUCAAUAUUCUCAAUCACGACCAAAUUGUAAUAAUCACACAAGACAAGCGCCCUCACACUCACUCAGUCGAAAUACUCCUCACUUUGAAGACAAUCACAAUAACAGAGCCACACAUUUGCCCACUCAAACUCACAACUCAAGCAAUCAACACACUGAUGAAUAUUUACCCAGAAGCUCACAUACUUGCACGCCCAGUACAAAUGAGGACCCACAUAAUUUUAGUGGUAUAGCCACCCAAAGAAAUCAAGUUCUUUUAGCAACUGCUCAGAUUGAAAUGUUUUCAAAAACAGGAAAAAUUAUCACAGCCCGAGCACUCCUAGAUAACGGGAGUCAAAUCUCCUUUAUUACCAAAAAGCUAUUAGAUAAACUCAACUAUACUCCCUAUACAAAAGUGUUAAAUACUACAGGUAUUUCCCAAAACUCAAUUGUCUCUAACCAAAUGGUAGAUCUCUUGAUACACUCAAAAAUAGAAAAUAAAAAUUUCUCACUCUCUUGCGCCAUAAUAAAUAAUAUUACUAAUAGGUUACCACAAAACCCAAUUCAGCCAAAAAAUUUAAAUAUCCCUGAUUCUAUUUCUCUCGAUUUGGCUGAUCCAAAUUUUUACAUUCCCUCGGAAGUAGAUAUGCUUAUAGGAGCAGAUUUAUUUUACAAUUUAUUGGUUCCUGGAAUUUGUAAGCUUGAAAAUAACUCGUUGGUUUUGAUAAACACUCACCUCGGAUGGAUUAUCUCGGGUAAUUUAUCUUUAAAUUUAUUUAAUUGUGAACAACAACAUUAUUCAUUUUUUACACAGAUCCCGGAGGAAAAUGGCUGGGAAGAUAAUCUAGAAAAUAUUCUCACAAAGUUUUGGAGUAUCGAAGAAAUUCCCCAAAAAUCAAUUUUAUCCCCGGAAGAUAAACUUGCUGAGGAUAUCUUCGAAAAAACAACAAAAAUAUUAGAUGAUGGUUCAUACCAAAUUGAUUUUCCCUUUAAAUCCCCUGAUGAGCACUUAAAAUUGGGCGAUUCGUUUAAAAUAGCUCAAAAACGCUUUUUAACCCUAGAAAAUCGUUUUAAAAGUAACCCGGAUUUGUUUCACGAAUAUAAAAAGUUUAUAGACGAAUAUGUUGAACUUGGUCAUGCGAAAUACGUUCCUUUGACUCUUUACAAUAAAACGGGACACUUAAAAUAUUUUAUUCCACAUCUUUGUGUUAUUCGGGACUCCGCUAUCACAACAAAAUUACGCGUAGUCUUUGACGCGUCAGCAAAAACGUCAUCGGGAUUCGCGUUAAAUAAUGUAACACUAAAGGGUUAUCAAGUUCAACCAGAACUUUUUGAUAUUUUGUGCAGAUUUCGCGUUUUUAAAUACACUCUCACUUCUGACAUUAUGAAAAUGUACAGAAUGAUUAGAACCAACCCGGCACAUAACUUUCUUCAAAACAUACUCUGGAGAGAAAACCCGAAUGAAGAUUUAAAAUGUAUAGAGUUACAAACCGUGACCUACGGUACAAAUUUCGCACCGUUUAUUGCAACUCGUGUUUUGAAAGAUGUAGCGCUCAAAAAUAUAGAUAAAUAUCCCCUAGCUGCUAAUGCGUUGCUAAAACAAUGUUAUAUGGACGAUAUUAUUGGAGGAUGUGAUAAAAUCGAAGAUUUAUUUGAUUUAUAUGCCCAAUUAAACUCUUUGCUAAAUAGUGCAGGUUUCACACUCCAUAAAUUUAAUUCAAACUCACACAAUUUGUUAGAAUAUCUUAAAAAAAGCCCGUCCCUAGAAUAUGACCUAAAUCUCGAUAAAUCCCCAAGCAAAAUACUUGGCCUAAAAUGGCAACCUACUGAUGACUGUUUAAAAAUCUCUGUUCCUGAAAUAACCCCAUGUGAUUUCCCUACAAAAAGAAUUAUUUUAUCUACUCUGGCCCAAUGUUUUGAUCCUCUUGGUUUGGUUAACCCAAUUAUAGUUAAAGGUAAAAUUCUCAUGCAAAAACUUUGGAAAUGUAAGGUCGAUUGGGACACAAAAAUAUCUGAUGAACAUAUUCUCAAAGAAUGGCAAGAAUUUUUAGAACAUCUUAAAUUAAUUUGCAAUUUAAAAAUUCCCAGAUGUUUGUUUUCACAUAAACCAAUUCAAAAAUUUGAAUUGCAUGGUUUCGCAGACGCGUCCUCGCUAGCUUAUGGUGCUUGCAUAUAUAUCCGCACAAUUUAUGAGGACUCUGUUUCUUGUUCCCUAAUAUCCUCAAAGUCCAAGGUAUCUCCCAUAAAAACGAAAACAAUUCCAAGGCUCGAAUUGUGUGCUAUGUUGCUCUUAGCAAAUCUUGCUUCCCGAAUUUUUGACAUUUUUAAAGAAAAAAUAUCCUUUGAAUCAGUAAAUCUUUGGUCAGAUUCAGAAAUUGCCCUAGCUUGGUGUAAAAAAGAGCCGAGUACAUGGUCUGUGUUCGUCUCAAAUAGAGUUGCCCAAAUACAGAAUUUGACUUCAGAUUUUCAUUGGAGACACAUAAAAUCAAGUGAAAACGCCGCUGACAUUUUAUCAAGGGGUAUUUUUGCCCAAGAAAUUCUGGAUUCUGGUGCAUGGUACUCUGGUCCACAUUUUUUACAAGAUCCAAGAGUAAUUUUGGAUACUUUGGAUAACCCAACUAAAAUUGUAGAUCUCCCUGAGGAAAAAGUUUCCUCUAAAAAACUCUGUUGUGUAGUCACGGAGACUAAAAGUAGUUUCCAAUAUUGGAAUGAUAUAUUCCAAAAAUUCUCGAGCAUUACCCGAUUAAAACGAACGUUAGCUUAUGUCCUUAGAUUUCUACAUAAUAUAAAAAUCGCUAAAAAUCCGGAACAAAAAAUUAAAGGCCCUUUAUCAAUAAGCGAAUUAGAAAAAGCUCAAAACUUAAUCGUUAAAAAUUUGCAAGGUCAGUAUUUUUCUAAAGAAAUCGCAGAGCUUAACCAGAAUAAAUGUGCUUCAAAUAAAAGCAUCAACUCACUUAAACCCUUUUUGGAUGAAAACAAUUUUCUAAGAGUUGGAGGUAGAUUAGAAAAUGCCCACAUAAGUUUUGAGCAAAAACACCCGUUACUUUUGCCCUCCCAUAAUCCCACAGUUGGAUUAAUGUUAAAACAUGAACACCUUCGCUUAGGACACAGUGGUACUCAGAAUGUCUUGUCUAAUUUUAGACUCCAAUUUUGGCCCUUGAAUGGACUCAAAGAGACAAAAAAGAUAAUAAGGCAAUGCGUCACUUGUGCGCGUUUUUCCUCUAGUCCCGCCAGCCAACUUAUGGCAAAUAUACCCAAAGAUCGAUUGGUACAAGUUUCUAAGCCCUUUGAAAAAACAGGAAUUGAUUUUGGUGGCCCAUUCCAGAUCAAAUCUUCACGUUUGCGUAAAGCCCCAAUAAUAAAAGGUUACAUCUGUGUUUUCGUUUGCAUGGUGACCAAAGCAAUACACCUGGAAGUGGUUACUAGUCUCUCUACAGAAGCUUUUUUGAUGACACUCAAGCGAUUCAUUUCUCGGCGUGGUAAUCCCUCAAUAAUUUACACAGACAAUGGCACAAACUUCCUAGGUGCUAAAAAUCAAUUAAAAGAGCUCUAUGACUUUUUCAAUAAAUCUUCGGUCACUAAUGAGAUUAAGAAUUAUUUGUCUCAAAACGAGACUCACUGGAAAUUCAUCCCACCCAAAGCUCCACACUGGGGAGGCCUGUGGGAAGCUGCUGUUAAAAGCACGAAAUAUCAUUUAUAUAGACUCGUUGGUAAUAUGCAGUUAACAUACGAAGAAUUUAGCACAAUCUUAACUCAAAUUGAAGCUAUACUGAAUUCUAGGCCCUUGUGCCCCCUAUCAAAUGACCCUUCAGACUUUCAGUAUCUUACCCCUUCUCAUUUUCUAAUCGGUUCCAAUAUUACAGCUUACCCUGAAAAAGACAUUAGUGACGUUCCCGAAAAUAGAGUUUCUCAUUGGCAAAAGUGUACCCAAAUUAAGCAACUGUUUUGGAAAAGGUGGUCAAAGGACUACCUAUGUAGGCUACAAAACAGACCUAAAUGGUUAAAAGAAAAAGGUAAUUUAAAAGAGAACGACUUAGUCUUAUUAAAAGAAGAUAACACUCCACCCCUAUACUGGCCAAGAGGUAGAAUUCUAGAAAUUUUUAAAGGUCCUGAUGGAAGGGUUCGUGUGGUGAAAAUUAAAACUAAAGAUGGAAAAUUUGUACGCCCGAUUACCAAAUUAUAUCCUUUACCCUCACCUUUGCCCAAUGAUGGUUAAAAUGAUUUUUUUUUAAAUUUUUGUUUGUUUAGAAGCAACGAUGCUUCAAAAGGGGGGAGAAUGUUGCAAAACCAGUUGCAACAUAAAGAAAAACAAUUCAAAUACACACAUAAACCAUCCACACCUUUAUACAUACCCAAAUUAAAUAAAACACAACAUUUACAAUAGAAGUCGACUUAAAUAAAAAUUCGUCACAAGAUAUACAUUCCCGGAAUCAUUCCUAUUCGUUUUAUUGGUCGCGACGAGCUUCCUCACACCCCCGCGCAGGUAACGGUUUUUACGGAAAAUUGCAUCAUCCGAUUUUUUUUGGCGUCAGUCGCUCCUAGAUAAUGGUUGUGUAAGAAGACUCUCGGUCUCGCUGUUCUGUCCCACCCGCUCGCAUUUUUUUUUAAAAUAAGAACAACAAAUUCUCUCACUCAAAACUAAAUGGUUUUAAAUUAAAUUGUUUAAAGUACUUUUCGCGUUUCUGUUUUGGUGCCCUUUUCACAUAGCCAGCUGGUCCUUCGUAGCCCUAAAUAGAGAUACAAGAAAGCCCUCAAGUGUUGUGGAUUUGGAUGCAGCCCAAAUCCCAUCAAUCAGAAUCUCUUGAUACGAAAGUGAUUUUGCCAAUAAAAUGGCAUGCAACAUUUAUUCAACCCAAUCAUUUAAAUUUGGUUUAACAACAUCUGAUACAGUUGGAGGUAAAACAAUGUUUUCUUUUAGUUCACAUACAUCUGCUGAAUGUUUCUGACCAUAAUUGGAAAAUAUGGAUAAGUCGUCACUUUCAAAACUUUCCAGGUCAUCGCUCGUUUUAUUAGAUCUAUACGAUACAGAAGAUCCAUCAUCGGGUGAAGAUAAAGGCGAAAGCGAUUCGAUAUUGAGUUUUUAUUUCGUUUUAAAAAGUUUGCGCUUGGGUAUAUCGUCUGGAACAGGCAACGUCGUUUACAAAUCGCCAAAAACUAGGCAAUCCGCUAUACUCACAAGUCAAAUGUCAACGUCGUCAACUUCAUACCGUUAUAUUUUUUGUUGGCAAUAGCCGCAAUACUAAAAAUUUUCAGAGUGACCAACAUCAAAAGGACACAACCACUAUAAAAAUGGCGGCCACCAUGCAGUGGUCAUUUUUGGGUAUCGUGACUAUAUGCAUUAGCAGUCCAGGUUUUAUGCAGGGUAUGCCAACAAGGUAUACGGCUAAGAUAGCGCCCUAACUAUACGAGGUAGAGCAAAAAGUUCUACAGCAAAGUUGUAGGGUUGACAAAAACCUACGAACUAAAAAUAUUUUUAUGUAUACUGGGUGUGUCACAAAAAAGUUACUAUUAAAUAUGAUUUUUUUUAAAUGGUACGCCCUGUAUAUUAUGGUACUAAAAUGUGAGGCAAAAAGAGUACUUUACUUUGGUAUAACGUUUUUAAAAUUUCGGUGCGGCGUUGCAACGUAAUUAAUUUUUUUAUGUUAUUUUUUGCCUUUUAGAGGGUUCGUUUAAAAAAUCAUAAUUAACUUAAAAUGUAUUCUGCGCCUAUGAAACUUGUACCACCGUUAGUCUAGGGUACCUCCUCUAGGCUGACUAUGAUAAUUUAUAAUUUUUUAAUACAGGGUGUUUUUAAAGAACUUUCAAACUUGCUGAAAUUAAAUACGCAUUAUCUCAAAUUUUUCAAAUGGAACACCCUGUAUAUUUUUAUCUAAUUAGGUUUGUCCCUCAAAUACCUUCAUUUUUUAUUUAAUAUGUCCUAUAGCUAAACCAAGUAGUUUUUGAGAUAUUUUAGCUUUUCUGUAAAAAUACUAUGCAUAAAACGGGUAUUCUUUAAGUUUUGAUCAAAAUUGCUUAGAAAAAAUUAUUGAAAAAUUAUUAGAAAUAUUAAAAAAAUUAUUAGAAUUAUUACUUUUCCUACAAUUAUUAUUACAUACUUGAAAAAUUAACCAACACAAUUAUUCACCUAAACUGCUAAAAAAACAGCAAAAUUAAAUUACAUACUAGGUAGGUACUUACGUAUUUUUGCAUAAAUGUACAUCGUUACAUUAAUUUUAAAUUUUAAAGAUCAAUUACAAUUAUUAUAAAUUGUGUUCAAUAUGACCUCCUAAAUUUUGUACGCAAGCCUUUACCCUUUUUGAGAAUGAGUCAUUAACCUUUUCCAACAUAAUUGGCGUGACUGUUUCAAAAAUCUCCCGAAUUUUAUUUUUCAUAUUUUCAUUUGUGGCAGGAGUUGUUUGAUAGACUUUUUCCUUCACAUCCCCACAAGAAAAAAUCCAGUUUGGUCAAAUCUGGGGAUCUUGCGGGCCAAGGGACCGGCCCACCUCUUCCUAUCCACCGGUCAUCAAAAUACUCAGUUAAAAAAUUUCUAACAGCAUGGCUAUAAUGAGCUGGAGCGCCGUCAUGCUGAAACCAAAUCCUAUCUCGAACAUGGUCAGGCAACGUUUGUAAAAGGACAUUAAAAUCGUUUUGUAAAAAGUUUAAAUACAUUUCACCUGUAAGAUGUCCAUUAAAAAAGUGCGGUCCAAUAACGUAAUGUCCUAUUAUUCCUGCCCAAACAUUAAGCGACCAUCUAUGUUGAUGAUGAAUUUCUCAAGUGACGAAUGGAUUGCUGCUGUCGUAAUAAUGAAAAUUAUGUUUAUUAACACUGCCAUUAUUAUGGAAUGUAGCUUCAUUCGAAAAAAGCACAAAAUUAAACAAUUCAGGCUGACGAAUCUUAUUUUGCGCCCACUGACAGAAAGCCAUUCUUCUUUCAUAAUCCUGCGGAAGUAAUUCCUGCAACAAUUGAAUAUGGUAGAGAUGGAAUUUUUCGCUUCGAAGCGUGCGAGAUAUUGAUGUUGCACUAAAGGGUAAUUCUUUAGCAAGCUGCCUAACGCUUUUAUGAGGAUCUUCAACGACACUUAAAGCUACUGUCAUCCUAUUUUCCUUAUUUGUAAGUUGCAACUGGCUUCACCCGUUCAUGUUUUUCACAAAUUACACUUCCUGUUCUCUCAAAUCUUUCUUUUAGUUUUUGAAACACUUGUGCUUGGGGAUGCCUCCUUUCAGGAUAAAGUUGCGCAUAAAUUCUAGAUGCCAAAAGGCUAUUUCUUUCAGCAGCUCCAAGGGCAUAUAUCAUAUCAACAAAUUCCUCACGAGAAAAAUUCAUAUUGAUUACAAAAUGAACAAUAAAAAUUAAAAAUCGAUUAACUAACUCACUGAUAAUAAUUUCUAAAAUGGUUUUUGAAGAAAAAACAUUGAUCUUGUCUACUGCUGUCAUAAAACUAAUAAUCUGACAAUUAUUAUUUGACGUUUAAACCCAUGUUCUAAGCAAUCUUGAUCAAAACCUUAAGAAUACCCGUUUUAUGCAUAGUAUUUUACAAAAAAGUUAAAAUAUCUCAAAAAGUACUUGGUUUA